ACAUGUUUUUCCUAACGAAGAAAAAUGAGUGAAAAUAUAAAAGUUGUAGUUCGAUGUCGACCGAUGAACCGAAGCGAAAAUGAAAGUAAAUGUGAAAACAUUGUUGAAAUUAAUGAUUACGUCGUUUCUGUCAUAAAUCCUUUGGCUCGCCUCGUUCCUAAAAAAAUGUUCAUUUUUGAUAGUGCCUAUGAUAUGAUCACAAAAACUGAAGAUAUUUAUAACGAAAUGUGCUAUUCAUUGGUAGAGAGUACUAUCGAGGGAUAUAACGGAACCAUUUUUGCUUACGGCCAGACUGGGUGUGGAAAAACACACACAAUGCAGGGCGACGGAAAUUGGAACAAUAUCAAGAGCAGUGGAAUAAUUCCUAAAUGUUUCGAACAUAUAUUUGAAAGAAUAUCAAUGGCAACAAAUGUAAGAUAUUUGGUUUUGGUAAGCUAUUUGGAAAUUUACAAUGAAAAUAUACGAGACUUGCUCAAUACAAAUGAGAGUACCAGCAUGAUAAAUCAUUCACUUAAAGAAAUACCAGGAGUCGGUGUCUCAGUACCAACGUUGACUACUCAUUCUGUUAUUAGUGCAAACCAAUGCUCUGAAUGGUUAAACUUGGGCAAUAAAAACCGCGUUACUGCAGCGACAUUAAUGAAUGAAAAAAGCUCACGCUCGCACACUAUAUUUACUAUCACCUUGGAACAAUCUCCAUUUUUUAAUAGUGCUGUAACGGAGAAUGACUUAGGAGGAAUUCGUCGGGGAAAAUUAUGCUUAGUUGACCUUGCUGGUUCAGAACGACAACUUAAGACUGGCGCUCAAGGUGAACGGCUCAGAGAAGCGUCUAAAAUUAAUUUAUCACUUUCUGCACUGGGACACGUAAUUUCGUCUUUGGUUGAUGGUAAAGCAAAGCAUGUACCAUUUAGAGACUCAAAACUUACACGUCUACUUCAGGAUUCCUUAGGAGGUAAUACAAAAACUCUUAUGAUAUCUUGUAUUUCGCCAUCACACAUAAAUUAUGACGAAACUAUAUCUACACUUCGUUAUGCAAGUAGAGCAAAGAAAAUUUCAAACAAACCUAAAAUUAAUGAAGAUCCAAAAGAUGCAAAGCUUCGCCAAUACCAAAAUGAAAUUGUACAUUUAAAGAAGAUGCUCGAAGAGACUCAACAAAAAAUAAUUUUUGAAAAGGAUGAAAAAAAAAAACCAGCCGAAUUACCCAUGGUAAAACUAGAUAUUAUACCUUCAAAAUCAAUAAAAGAUGUUCAAAUAAUUAAAUCAGACCAAAGUGCAGGCAUUUUUUCCAAAACAAUGAACUCCAUAUCAACAAAGCCAAGUCUUUCAUCUGUAAAAUCACAAGAAGAGCUACAACUGCAAGCACGAAGUCGUAUUGACUUUAUCAAACGCUCUUUAAUUGGCGGUGAACGUGUUGAUGACUUAAAACUUAUGGAACAGCACAAUGCACGCAGAUUUGCAGCACAGCGCCACUUAAGUGCAAUUGCCCACGCUUUAAGCAGAGUCAAAUGUGAGGACCGCGACCUUUUGCAGGGACAUUAUGCUACUAUUGCCCAGGAAAUAAGCAUAAAAAAUGAUCACAUCGGAAAAUGCAAAACCAAAAUAAAAAUGCUUGAAAUGGAAGUUGCCGACUUAAAUUCAGAGUUCCAGUUGGAUAGAGAGGAUUACUUGGAAGAAAUUCGAAUUCUUGGACGUCAUAUAAAGUUUUAUCAACAAUUGUUUUAUAAAUUUCAACCGAUUUUUCGACAACAUAGCAGAAACUGGACACCGGAUACUAUUUUGCAAAACUCUUCAUGGAAUGAUGAUCUUAAAAUGUGGAGAAUCCCAGUGAUCGAUUCAUUAAAACUUCCACCGGCAACUCUAAAGUCCGCACUUCAUAGAACUCAUAGUUCUGUUAUCGGUAGUAACUAUACAUACAUCAAUCAAAAUGUUACCCGGGAAUCUAAGGACAUUGAAGAAAAAGAAAGAAAUGCCACCCUAUCGAAAGAUAAGUAUAACAUCAAUGUACAAAAAAACUAUUUUCGAACAAGCCGACCAAAAAAGAAGGAAUUUGAGGAUUACGAGAUCACUUCACAGGCUUUUAAAGGCGUGCUUGAUGUCACAGAUUGUUGAGCAACCAGUUUAAUAUAGAUAUUAUAUUAACUUUUGAACAU